UAACGGGCAUUGCUUUGCCAUUGUUGAAGAAGAUGAACAUGGAGAACCCAUGCUUGCUUCAGGUUGCAUGAAGUAUGAAGGUUCAGAUUUUCAGUGCAAGGAUUCCCCAAAAGCACAGCUACGUCGGACAAUUGAAUGCUGUCGAACUGAUUUCUGCAAUCGGGAUCUACAGCCCACACUACCGCCACUUGGUAGUACAGAUGGACUUUUUGAUGGCAGCGUUCGUUGGAUGGCAGUGCUGAUUUCUAUGGCAGUCUGCAUCAUUGUUACAAUCAUCUUAUUUAGCUGCUUUUGUUACAAACAUUACUGUAGAUGGGCAGCAAAGAGACGUUGUUAUAAUCGUGAUCUGGAGCAAGAUGAAGCAUUUAUUCCAGCCGGGGAGUCAUUAAAGGAUCUUAUUGACCAGUCACAGAGUUCUGGCAGUGGAUCAGGACUACCUCUGUUGGUUCAGCGCACUAUUGCCAAACAGAUUCAGAUGAUGCGGCAAGUUGGGAAAGGGCGAUAUGGUGAGGUGUGGAUGGGUAAAUGGCGAGGCGAAAAAGUGGCAGUCAAAGUAUUUUUUACCACUGAGGAAGCUAGUUGGUUCAGAGAAACUGAGAUUUACCAGACUGUUCUAAUGCGUCAUGAAAACAUACUUGGUUUUAUAGCUGCUGAUAUUAAAGGCACAGGCUCCUGGACACAACUUUACUUGAUUACAGAUUACCAUGAAAAUGGAUCCUUGUAUGACUUCCUGAAAUGUGCCACACUUGACAACAGGGCUUUGCUCAAACUGGCUUAUUCUGCUGCAUGUGGUCUGUGCCAUCUACACACAGAAAUUUAUGGGACACAAGGCAAGCCUGCUAUUGCACACAGGGACCUGAAGAGUAAAAAUAUCUUGAUAAAGAAAAAUGGAAGCUGCUGUAUUGCUGACCUGGGUCUUGCAGUCAAAUUUAACAGUGAUACGAAUGAAGUUGAUGUCCCUUUGAAUACUAGAGUGGGAACAAAACGUUACAUGGCCCCAGAAGUCCUAGAUGAAAGCCUAAAUAAAAAUCAUUUCCAACCAUAUAUCAUGGCUGACAUCUACAGUUUUGGCUUGAUCAUUUGGGAAAUGGCUCGGCGUUGUGUCACAGGAGGUAUUGUUGAAGAGUACCAGUUGCCAUAUUAUGACAUGGUGCCGAAUGAUCCAUCUUAUGAAGAUAUGAGAGAAGUGGUAUGCGUCAAGCGCCUACGCCCAGUGGUAUCUAACAGAUGGAAUAGCGAUGAAUGUUUAAGAGCAGUGUUGAAGUUAAUGUCUGAAUGCUGGGCCCACAAUCCUGCCUCUAGACUUACAGCCUUGAGGAUCAAGAAGACACUUGCCAAGAUGGUGGAAUCACAAGAUGUAAAGAUUUGACAGAAUAACAUAGUACUGAGGAGCAGAGUUGGACUCCUAGAACUUUUCACCCUGACAAGGGUGGGAACUAAGUGGGAAGAGGAAGCAACUGAGAUUCAGUCCACUUCCUCAUCUCACUUUUACAGGCUGCUAAUAUUGAAUCUUUCAGUACUUUGUAGAAUAUAAUGCUGAGAGUCUCUGUACACUACAUGCUACAUAUAUGGACAGCCUUGUUUUAAAUAUGCGUAUCAUUUUUGUUUUAAGCUGCAUUGAGACUUCAGUCAUGCUUAGUGAAUCUCCAGUGAAACUCUGGGUACUGAAUUGCUUUCUGUGAAAGCCUUAAAAAGCUAAAUGGAUUCAACAUAGAUGGAGAAAUAUAAGCUUUUUGCCUUCUACCUGAUAAAAACCUAGUUGGUUCAUACCAAGUCUUUUUGAAAUAGCCUGUAGGUUAGGAAUCUGUUUGAGAUAGUACUCAGUUUAACAGUUCCUAUGCCUUUUAUGGGUCUUUUAUGUGUGUGCCAGGAUUCUUUGGCUGCCAUUUGGGAUAGAUGAUAAUUUAAAUUCACAGAAAGACUUAUGGUCAGGGUCCCAUAUGUGCCCUGAUUACACAGUUUCGGGAUUUGCCACAGAAUUCACCCCUCGACACAGAAUUAUGCUCCAGAAUUUCAAUUUUCAUGUUGAAAUAAUUACAUUUCUGUGCUGUUUUGGUUGCAGAGAGAACCUCAGAAAUGUGAACAGUGUAAAUCAAUGUCCAUAUGAGGGCCUGUCUAUACGGUGCAGUAAUGUGCACACGAGAGGGGUGUGAUUUCUAAAGUAUACUGACUGAUCCAUGUAGACUCUGUUGGCACACACUAUAAGUUUCCUAGGGUGCUUAAUGUACAUGCUGCUUGUUAACAUGCACUAGGAAACAUUUUAGUGUAUGCCAGCAGGGUUGUUGCAGGCCAGUAAGCAUGCAGCACAUGAGUGCACUUUAGAAAUCACGUUUUUCUAGUGUGCAUUGCCUCGCUGUGGAGACAGGCCCUGAGUCUGCAAAGAGCUUGAAACAGUGACUGAGAGGUGUGAUCUGCCUCAGUCAUCUUUCUUGGGGCCCAGUAUGCUCCAUGAUUUUGUGGUUAUGGAAUCUGGCUUUUUUCAGGGUACCACAGAAGUCAUCAUUUUUGCUGUAGAUUUCACCAUUUUGCAGCAACCACACCUUUGGCUUUCUGUUUUGUCUCUCUGCCCUACUGGGACCUGUCUGCAGCUGCUUCAUGCUUUGCAUCUUUCCCCAUGAGAGGGAAUUAAAUGGAUUGCACUGCAUGCUCCUUUCAUUAUUCUAUAGAACCAGGCAGGAAGGGAGGUCUGAGAGCCAGAGUUGGAGUCCAGGUUGCAGCUAGGGCCCACUCUCAGAAGUGCAGGCUGGACAGCUAGGAAACUGAGAGAAUACAGUGUCAUCUAAGGCCUGGGGAACUGAGAUGAACCGCUGAAGCUGACGGGCAUGCAUGAGGCAGGCAAAGGAGAUUCUGAGCUAGAUCACCCUGACAGCAUCGUUACUGCUGGAGAUCUAAGAGCUGGGCCAUCUAGAGGACACAUUGAAAAAACAUAAUCAAAUACUAUCAUUCCUGAAAAUCAUCAUUGACUAAUUGUAAAUCAGUGAGUAUUUUCAACUGAAUCAGAUCUGUGUUGUAGGGUAUGGGAGAAAUGUGAUCGAAAGGUGUUUCAGUGGAGGUACAAUAAAUUAACAUUACUGCAGGAUUUGGUCAGGGGUUGCUGUAUAAUGUGCAGUGCUGUGCAUACGAUUCUGCUACUGCAGCUACU